AGUUACGUCUCUUUAUUCAUACUUCAUGGGUCAAACGCGUCAUUCAACAAGUGAUUAGAUCAAAACAAUCAAUAGGAUGGAUAAUAAUAGUGAGGUAGCAUCGCUGUCACACAAUGAUUCAAUUUCUACUGCAAUCAGUGCUGCAAAAUGCCACGAGGAAGAUACAUCAACCGAAGAGGUUUCCUUGCUUCGACACUUACAAAGGGCUAUCUCAGAGACAACAGAAGAGAAUGCUGCAUAUACAAAGGACAUGGUGACUUUAUUAGCUAAAUUGAAUCUUGAUGUCAAAGCAUUUCCCAAUGACAUAAAAGAAGGUUUAGAAAAGUUGUCUUUGAUCCUGAAAACUGAGAAGUUAUUCGAAUUUGACGAGACGGCAUUACGGAUGAUUAGAGAACGAAAAAUCAUAGAGGAAAAAAGAUCGCAGCGAGAGGAGAAGCAGAUGUCCAUGCAGUACGAUAAAUUGUUUAGAAACUGCACAAAACUGCAGGCAAAGCUUGACCAUCUUCAAGAUGCGGUUGAUUCUGUCAAGAAUGUUAUUGACACUACAGAGGAGGAGAAGAAUAAUAUGUAUUGCAACAAAGUUUUCCUGUCUACAAAAUUGAAGGAGUAUCAACAAACUGUGGAAAAAUUGGAGGCAGAUUUAAGUGACAUGCAAGUCGACGAAUUUUUUUCAGAGAAAAUAUUGAAUAAAUAUAAAUUAUAUCUAGAGAAGUCAAGCAAGUUGACAGAUCUUAAUCAAUCGCUCGCUCAAUAUGGUGAUCUACCGCCCAACUUACUGCAGGCAAAAUUACUGGUGGAAAGCAAGAGGAAAGAAUAUGAGAACUUAGAACAGAUAUUUUUGGAAAAGACUCAGUAAAUUUAAGUUUAAUAUAACAUUUUGAACUAAAUUUUAAUAUAUUUCAGUAUUUGCAAUGCUCUUCAAUACAGAUGUUAUUAAUUUAUCUUAAUAAAUAAAGAUUGUUUAUAUUUGCACUUAAAAAAAAAAA